AUUUUGAUUCCCCACACAAUUGUUCAAUUUCCCAAUCCAAUCCUAAAUCCCUAAUUCCUUUUGUUUUUCUCAUUCUAUUAUAUUCACAUUAUUCAGAUGCGAUGAGAAUUGGAAUGGUAGGUGCUAGCUGAUUCCAGUGCAAAACGGCAAGAAAAUUCUUUCAAAAAGGCAUAUAAUAAUUUAUGGUGGGUGAUAUAUAUUGUUUAGAUGUAUUGUUGCCCCACGUUUAACUGUGUGUUCCUAGGUCUGUUAUCAAUUCAAGGGUCUCGAGACAAGCAGCAUUAUGACUUCCUCUUCAGUUCAUGAGCUUUCAGAUAAUAGUGAGACUGAACAGCAACAAAAGCACUCAGAGCAUGAAAUUCAGUCUUCAUCACCGUCAAAUUUGAUGCCUCAUUCUGCGACUAUCGCACCAGCUAUGCAUUAUGGAAUACCUCCACAAAACGGAAAUGGAAAUGCUAUGGCACAUACUGUGUAUCCUUAUCCAGAUCCUUAUUACAGAAGCAUCUUUGCCCCUUAUGAUGCACAGCCUUAUGCUGCACAGCCUUAUCCAUCUCAACCAAUGGUCCAUCUUCAAUUGAUGGGAACUCAACAAGCUGGCGUUCCUUUGCCAUCAGAUGCAGUUGAAGAACCUGUCUUUGUUAAUGCAAAACAAUAUCAUGGCAUCUUGAGGCGCCGACAAUCUCGUGCAAAAGCCGAGUCGGAAAAUAAACUUCUCAAGGCUAGGAAGCCCUACUUGCAUGAAUCGCGACAUUUGCAUGCACUAAGGAGAGCUAGAGGAUGUGGUGGUCGAUUUACUUCAAAGAAAAACGAGAAGCAGCAGAAACAGGAGGGAUCGGGCCAUAAAUCACCACCCAAUGUCAACCUGAAUUCUGAAAGUAGUGAUAACGGCUCAGAAUUUGCAUCCUGAUCCUACCCAAAGUGCAACACUGGAAGCAUCCCAUAAUAGUGAAGAAUCGAAAAUAGCACUGUUCACUUUAAACACUCAAACUCCUACUCUUCUUUCAGCAUGCUAGAGAUGAGGCACACUCUUUUACUUUAGCCCAAGAUGUAAAAAAUCAGAAAUAGGCUUAGGAGGGACACUUGGAAGAUUGGUAGUUUGGUCAAAAUGCUGCAGAGUGUUCUCUGGAAGUGAUGCUUUACAUUUUGAGGGAGUAUCUUUUUAUCUUUAUUUUUCAUGUGAUUCUACUGAUUUCUGAUAGGUGCUGUGGUUUUAG